GCCAGUCAGCUGGGUCGUGGUUACCGAGGCGUCUGCGCCCGCACUUGCCAAACCUCCACAGAAACCUUUCAGCGAGCGGAGAUAGGAGUUAGACAAAGUGGUCGUUCUCGCCCGACUUUAUUGUUCAAGUACUCGUGAUCGAGUGGACCAACUGCACGGAGGGCAGAGCAGUCAAGUUCAGUAUUGUUUGAUUAUCGCCAUAGCUUAAGAGCCAAUAAAACGGAAUCACAAAGCAGCAACUGGUCUCGAGAGCUUGUAUGUCUUUUUCUCUGAGAUCUUUGGAGAUACGUUAAUACCCUUGGUGUAGUUACGUUUAUUGGAAGAUUGUUUUCUGUAGAUAUGGUAUUCCCUUUCAAACAGUAUUUUGUUCAAGCUCUUUUCGUGAUGUACGUAGGUUGUGGUUUAACAUAAAUAGCGUAUCACCUUUUAUUUUAAAAAACAAAAUGGCGAGAGCAUCACUUUUGCGGAAAUUCAGACUGCGUAUUGAAUCGGAGGAUCCUCUGUACUAUGGUUUAAAGAAACUGAAGAUUAAAGGAAAGGAUCUGCAGGAGCUCCCUGAUGUUAUAUUUAGUCUUCAGGAGCUGGAGGUUUUGGAUCUAAGCCCAGAACGAGAGUCUUGUUUGGAUUAUAAACUAUAUGAAGUUCCCCGCAUCAUCGGUAGACUGGUUAACAUUCGGGUGCUGAUGCUGGACACUAACGAGUUGAAGGAACUUCCGGCGGAAAUCGCUCUCCUGCAGCAACUGGAGCGGCUGGCUCUCAGCAACAACAUGCUGACGUCACUACCGAGUGGAUUUCAGAAUUUAAAAAAUCUGAAAAGUCUCCACGCUGCCAAUAACGAUUUCCACGAAUUUCCCACACAACUGGUUAGACUUCAAAAUCUCGAAUUUCUCGAUCUCAGUGACAAUCAUAUCAAGACUCUUCCAAAAGGGAUUGGGAAAAUGACGUCACUAGAGUCGCUUCUGCUCUUCAUCAACGAGCUGACCAGACUUCCGGAAUCAUUCUGCGAUCUCGUUGAGCUUAGGUGUUUAUGGUUAGGGAACAACAGAAUUCGACAGUUGCCCAAAAGCUUCGGCAAGCUGACGAAACUCGACUGGGGGUAUCGUUACACGUCUUCUGCUUUGAACGGAAAUCCCAUGAUUCAUCCGCCAAUAGAAAUUUGUCGAAUGGGACCGGAAGCCAUUGAUCGGUACAUGACGUCAUUGGGCGGAAGUGACAGCAAGUCUCCGACCAACAAUUCGAAGAAAUCUCCGAUUUAUAAACCACCGACCAAUAAAUCUCCAACCAAUAAAUCUCCGUCCAAUGUUUCAAACAAAUCGUCGUCCACCGUGUCAAAAGGGUCAAAAGGAGGUGCUGUGAACGGAUACUGACCAAAACAUUAUUUAUUAGCCUAUUUAUGUUCACAUAUAAAGGUGCUAGAUAUACACGAGUAGAGAGAUAGAAGAAACCAAUUUGAUAAUUCAGCUUCAACACAGCAGUCAUCCAACAGAGCAAGCAUCCAACACAGCAGGCAUCCAACAGAGCAGCCGACAUCCAACACAGCAGCCAUCCAACACAGCAGUCAUCCAACAGAGCAGUCAUCCAACAGAACAGCCAUCCAACACAGCAGCCAUCCAACACAGCAGUCAUCCAACAGAACAGCCAUCCAACACAGCAGUCAUCCAACAGAACAGCCAUCCAACACAGUAGUCAUCUAACAGAACAGCCAUCCAGCACAGCAGCCAUCCAACACAGCAGUCAUCUAACAGCAGUCAUCCAACACAGCAGUCAUCCAACACAGCAGUCAUCCAACAGCAGCCAUCCAACACAGCAGUCAUCUAACAGCAGUCAUCCAACACAGCAGUCAUCCAACACAGCAGUCAUCCAACAGCAGUCAUCCAACACAGCAGUCAUCCAACAGAGCAGUCGUCCAACACAGAAGUCAUCCAACACAGCAGUCAUCCAACAGCAGUCAUCCAACACAGCAGUCAUCCAACACAGCAGUCAUCCAACAGCAGUCAUCCAACACAGCAGUUAUCAAGUAGAGCAGUCUAGCAAACAAGAACCUCAAUACAAAAUGCUACAAGCAUUUUGAAAGUUCCUCCAAUGCUUAUAUCUAAUGCUAGAACAAUUUUAAAGGAACCAUACGUUAUGUUCCAAAAUUGUAUCAUUAAUUGCUUCACAAGUAUGGGCAGUAUGGGUUCCACAUGGGUUCCAGACAGUCUCAGCUUCCGCUUAGUUCAGUUUAACAUAUGAGAUCUAACAAGUUCACAAAUCUCAGGGUUAAAUGUAAAUAGUUCUUUAGAUUAGUCAUGGAUAUCUUUCUAGUAUUAGACGUCUAUAUUCACGUGAAAGGUUCAGCUUUGAAAAAACAAAAACAAAAAAACUUCCAGAUCUUUUCAAUUUAAAUUUUUAAUAUAAAUUUAAACAUUUAUAAAUUAAACAAAACACAAACAGUGGAUUAAUGUUUGAUCAGAAAUUAGUUUUCAACGUUCAGUCGUACUUGAUACCUAUAUGUAGGCGUACGGAGAUUGUUUACUGACCUGUUGUCGGAAUGAUUUACAUUGAUGAAGCUUUCCUCUCAUUUUUUAACUGAUAAGCAGUUUAGAAAAAGGCAAAAACAAGUUAUACUCAUAAACAGAACAAUUAUUUCAGGCGCAGGGAAUUGUGCAGGCGGUCUAGACUGUAGCGAACGAGGUUUUUAAGGGGGUCGGGUCAUACUCUGGGAAAAUACAUUGAAAAAAACAUUCGCUUGAGGUAGAGGGUUUCGAGCUCCCCCCCCCCCCCCCCCCCCCCCAAUUCGCCCCCUGCACACGCGCCUGUAUUUGUGUAUAGAAAUUACACCGACAUUGUCAUAUCAGUUAUCACAAUUAUUCUGAAUAUACCGAUCGGCUAGUCACACGUAAUGUAUAUGGCAAUACUGGGGAGAAAUUUACGACUUCAAGUCACAGAGAAUAUUAAGCGAGACCGUUUACAAAUAUGACGAAUGUGCUUUCAGUCGUACACCACAAAGCAAAGCAUGUAAUAUAUACGGCAUACACAGCAUUCUGUUUAUUGCAGCGUGCUGUAUCAUGUGGAGGUGUUGAACUUUCUUUCACAAAGCGCAAGGUAUAAAAUUUAAACACAAUUUCUGCCAAGCUGAUCGGGUAAUCCAGAGGUUAUGUGUUCUAAAAGACGUAUCACAAUGUGGGAAAUGAAGGAUAUUCGAUGAGCGUUGUGGAACCCAUAAGGCUAUUUCUAGUUCCAGUCAGCGCUCCACAACUGGUGUAAGAAAGGUCGUGGUAUGUACUCUCCUGUCUGUAGGACACUGCAUAUAAAAUAUCCUUUGUUGCUAACAGAAAAGAGUAGACCACUGCGUAGCGGCAGCGAGAUCCUUUCUCAUUAUAUGUGUGGUCCGUAACAAUAUGUCCAACGUCACAUAAUCGUAAUAAAAAUGUAUUCAGUGCGUCGUUAAAUAAAACAUUCCUUACCUCCCACCGUGUGGUAAUAAAUUAUAUUAAAGUUAAAGUUUGUCUUCUUUAGAGACACCACUAGAGCGCAUUGGU